AUGAUUUUGACAACUUUUGCCAUCCUCUUGUCCUUUCCCGACUUGGCGACCACCUCGAAGGGGGUGGACGGCGGGGGCGCGAGAAGCGGCGGCUUGGACUGCGUGAAGGCCAACGAGCAGUGCCUGAAAGAGGCCGCCUGCAGCACCAAGUACCGCACCAUGAGGCAGUGCGUGGCGGGCAGGCACAGCAGCAGCCUGAGCGCCGUGACGGCUCCGGAGGCGCAGGGCGAGUGCCGCAGCGCCAUGGACGCCAUCAAGCACAACCCGCUCAACGGCUGCAGGUGCCGGAGAGGCAUGAAGAAGGAGAAGAACUGCCUGCGCAUCUUCUGGAGCAUUUAUCAGAGUUUGCAGGGUAAUGAUUUACUGGAAUACUCUCCAUACGAGCCUGUCAACAGCCGCCUUUCAGAUGUCUUUCGUUUGGCUCCCAUCAUUGCAGCCGAGCCAGCGUCGUCCAAAGAGAACAACUGCCUGAACGCGGCCAAGGCGUGCAACCUGAACGACACGUGCAAGAAGUACCGCUCGGCCUACAUCAACCCGUGCACCGGAAGGGUGUCGGCCUCCGAGGUCUGCAACAAGCGCAAGUGCCACAAGGCCCUGAGGCACUUCUUUGACAAGGUUCCCAGCAAGUACAGCUACGGGAUGCUGUUCUGCUCGUGUCCGACGGGAGACGAGACGGCGUGCGCCGAACGCCGCCGCCAGACCAUCGUGCCCGCUUGCUCCUAUGAAGACAAGGACAAAAGCAACUGCUUGUCGUUGCAAAAUGCCUGCAAGACCAACUACAUCUGCAGGUCUCGCCUGGCGGAUUUCAUCAGCAGCUGUCAGCCGGAAACUCGCUCGGUUUCAGGCUGUUUGCGGGAGAACUACGCCGACUGCCUGUUGGCCUACUCGGGCCUCAUCGGUACGGUGAUCACGCCCAACUACGAGCGCUCACUAGGAAUCAGCCCAUCACCUUGGUGCGACUGCGUCAGCAGCGGCAACGACAAACCCGAGUGUGACAAGUUCCUCAACUUCUUCACCGACAACCGAUGCCUGAGGAACGCCAUCCAAGCGUUCGGCAACGGUACCGACGUAGGCGUGUGGCAGCCGCCCGUCGAGCCUACGUCAGCGCAGACCAAAGACGACGACAAACCGGAUCUACACGCCGACCCGUCCUAUCAAUUUUGUGGGACAUUACAGGCCCAAAAACUGGCGUCCAAUCGUACUGAGGAUUCUACUUUAUGUGAAACGGGCGACUCCAACGCCAUCGCCAGAAGCUCGUCGCGGGAAGUCCCGCGUGCUUACAACUCACGUCUUCUCUUCGCUUUGACCUUGGCGCCGACGUUCCAGCUGGUUGGAAUCACCUUCUUGUAG